ACUCUGGCGGUGGCGGAUCCCAUCAAAUCGGAGGCGACGCUAACCAUAUAUACGCUGAGGAAUCGGUUGGGUUUGGAAGUGAUUCUCCUGACGGGCGACAACCUGUCGUCGGCCACAGCCAUCGCCCGCAAAGUAGGCCUCAAACGGGUCUUCGCCGAAGUGUUGCCUUCGCAUAAAGUGGCGAAAGUCAAGGAAUUCCAGCGGAAAGGCAUGAAAGUAGCGAUGGUUGGCGACGGUGUCAACGACUCGCCCGCCUUGGCUCAGGCGGACGUCGGCAUUGCCAUCGCCAACGGCACGGAUGUGGCCAUCGAGGCGGCAAACAUAGUCUUAGUUCGGAACGAUUUGUUGGAUGUCUUCGCGACCAUUGAUUUGUCGCGAAAGACUGUCCGUCGGAUUCGUCUCAACUUCGUGUUCGCCAUCGUCUACAAUGCAAUCGGUAUACCACUCGCCGCCGGACUCCUCCUGCGAUGGGGUCUUAUUCUGCAGCCAUGGAUGGGGGCGGCGGCGAUGGCCGCCUCCUCUGUCACUGUCGUCUGUUCCUCACUAUUGCUGCGAUUAUACCGAAAGCCGACGCGAAAACAGUUGGAAACCAAUGAAUACCACAAAUACUUGACACGUCUUAACAUUCACAACGACUUGGACUCACUUUCGCUGCAUAGGGGGGAAGACAUCAACAGAACUAGACAUCAGAUUCACAUGAAAUCUAAUGGUAUUCUUGUGGAGAAUCCGUGCAAAUUGCUUAAGACGUUACGCAACGGCGGCAUUGAAUCCGUGUCCACAUCGCCGUUGGUGUCAAGACUCGAUCCAAUGAUAUACUCUAUUAAUGGCACCGAUGAGGGCCACGAGAUCUGGCUUUGGUUGGAUGCGAUGGUAGCCAUGGGGGCGACAAUCAGAACGAGUGGCACAGUUGGCGAUCGACCAGCACCUCAACCCCCGGGUGAUGCCGGCGGUGGGCGGAUGCGAUUGUGGCCAUCCCUGGCCCAGCCGUACAGUCGGCGCCCGUCGCGGCCCAUCCAUGGCGUGAGCGGCAAGUGUUGUGCGGCCCAUACCCACCGCUAG